GUGAAUUGGUAUUCCUCUUCCUGUGAUCCUGCCCUUUUUGUUUUAAACGAGAGAAAAAAAAAAAAGAUGGAGAUGAAAUUUGGAGUACAAAAACGCGGCCAUCGGAGCUGAAGUAUUGUUUUUCUGGAUUCUAUUACUCAUGUUUGUAAACCCUACCUUCCCUUUUGUCAGGUUACUUUUCCUUUUGUCCUCCACACUGGACUUGCCCGCGGUACUGUUCUGCACAGAUUCCAGGCUUCUUGUUUAUCAUAAAUCUGUGAAUUUCUUCUCAUAGGCACAAAGAAAAAUAUGGGUAAAAAUAUCUCACAGAAUGCUGCUAUAUUUUUUCCUACAAUUAAAUUUUAUACGAUGUUUUCUAUAAAGGUUUAUAUAUGAUUGAAAGGCAUGAAUAAUGUCUAACUAUGCGAGGGCUGUCAUUCGAUGCCUUCGUAGAUUAGUCGGGUUCCAAAGAAAUUUAGGCUUCACCAUUUGGAAAAAACAGAUUGUGGUUCUUUUCAAAAAUACAUUCACAUUACAUUUGACAGUAUAAUUUUGCGGAUCUUAAAUUUAGGUUCGAAUAAAUUUGAACAAAUUUUAAUAUAAUUUGUCUAAAUCUAAUACAGAUCUAAAUUAUGGCUAUUCAAAGAUAGGAUAAGGGGAAAAAAAUGAAAAAAGAAAAAGGCAAGGCCUAGGGAUUUGAUUCUCAACCAAAAAACAAUAAAGGCAAUCUCAAGUUGCCACAUUGCAAGCAAGAAGCAUCGUUCAUGCAGUCAAAUGUAAAAAGUAAUUAAAUAUAACCUCUGAGUGUGAGGGUGUGUGUGAGUGAGAGAGAGAGAGAGAGAGAGAGAUGAAGCAGCAUACACAAAAUGGCUACAUCUUCAAAUCUGAAGCAAGGUAGAUUCAUAUCGGAUCAGAUGUUUGCUUUAAUUCCUCAGCAAAUUCCCAUAAGUAGUACAAACUACAAAAUAAACUGGUAGCUCAUCCAACGAGUUAAAAGAAUAGCAUUUAGCUUAACAGCUGUCACCAUUCGGCCAUGAGCUUCCUUCAAACCGACCAAUUCUUACCGCCACCUUCUUCUUUAGAUGAUGUCCUGAUUAAGCAGAUAGUCCUCACCCAUGACCCCGAUGGCCGCCAUUUUGAUUCAGAGCUGUUGCUUCGCAUGACUGAGAACAUCAUGCAUCAUGCUUCUACUGCACAAGUUUCUGGUCCACAUCUUGAGACUAUUGGAGAACAUCGUACAAGUGAUCUUGAAGUAGUUGGAUCGCAAGAACCACUUGAAUACACCAUCAAUCAAAUCUCAUACAAGAUGCUUGGCAGCUUCUCCCAGGAGGAAAUGAAUCCACAUGCCAGGACAAUGAUCUUGUUUGAUUUACUCACCAAUUACAAAUGGGAUGCAAAAUUGGUUUUAGUACUGGCAGCAUUUGCCAUAAGCUAUGGCAAAGUUUGGCUCAUCUUGCAGCUAUACCAACAUAACCCAUUGGCUGUAUCAAUAGCAGCACUUAGGCAAUUGCCUAGCAACCUGAACCCAUUCAAGCCUCAGUUGAAGGCCUUGAGAUUGCUGGCUAAGACUAUGGCAGGUGUGACGAAGCUCAUCAUCAAAUUUGAAGGCCUUCCCAUCACACACAUAAAUCUGGAUUAUGAGAUUUUAGCUGUCACCAAAUCUCAGAUCUACACAGCCGCUUACUGGGUCAUUAGAAGUGCCUUGAUAUGCUCUGCUCGAAUCACAGACUUAACUGCUACAAAACAUGACCAGCCUUCAGACUCUGCAACAAUUGCAACAUGGGAGCUCUCGAGUUUGGAAUAUAGGUUGAGCAGCAUAUGCAGUUGCCUGGGGAAGCAAGUGGAUAAAUGUUAUCAACAAAUAGAGAUGAAAAUUCAUCUGAAGCUCUUGAAUCUCCCUAAGGAGAAACAUUCUGACAACCAAGAGGUGCUCCGUAUAUUGUUUGCCUCGAGAGAUGACUUGCCAUUGAAGGACAGUUCCUCACAAGCAAAGAUUGGGGUGUCUGAGCUCAAAAAUAAGGUCAUAAUACUACUGAUCUCAAAGCCGGAGCUCCUCAACUUAGAGGCUUUACUGUUUCUGGUUCAGCAAAUAUAUGAUCAACCUCACAGAAAAAAGUUAGAUGGAAGCUAUGAAAUUGUGUGGGUUCCAAUUCCAUAUUCGCAACAAUGGACUGAGGCUGAAGAGAGAAGUUUCAACUUCCUAUCCAAUUCCUUGCCGUGGUACUCCAUUAGGCGACCAUGGCUACUUAGCUCAGCACUGGUGAAUUAUACAAAACAAACAUGGAAUUUCAAAGAUGAACCUGUUAUGGUAGUGUUGGAUUCACAAGGAACUGUUACAAACUUAAAUGCAAUUCAUUCAGUACUGAUAUGGGGUGCUAGGGCAUAUCCAUUCUCAACUUCAAGAGAGGAAGAGCUCUGGAAGGAUGAAAAAUGGACUCUGCAGCUCAUGUUUGAUGACAUUGAUCCAUUACUGACUAGAUGGAUAGAAGAAGGCAGAAAUCUUUGCAUUUAUGGGAGUGGCAGUCUAGACUGGAUUAGAGAAUUCAAUUCUAUGACAAACCAGGUAGUGAGGGCCAGUAUGCAGCUUGAGGUAGUCUUUGUUGGUACAAGUAACCGAGAUGAACAACUAAGAAAUCUUUUAGCCACCAUUGAAGGAGAAAAACUAAGUAGAUUUCUCUCUUUCACAAAGAUACAAUUCUUCUGGCUUCGGCUGGAGAGUAUUCGGAGGUCGAAACUUGAACUCGGAAAGACAGUUGACAGCAACAUUAUUCUAAAAGAAGUGUCAGCAUUGCUAGAUUUUGAUAAUAACAAUAAUGCAGGAUGGGCUGUAAUGGGAAGAGGGUCUUCAGAAGAUGUUGUGAAGCUUCAAGGAAGCGAACUCAUGGAAUGCUUGAAACGUUUUCCAGUGUGGGGAGGAAAUGUAGGCAAGUUGGGAUUCUUGGGUGCAGUUAGAAAUGCUCUUGAGCCACCAUCUCUUCCUGAAGGGCCUUGCACUCACUCAAAUAUAGUCCCAUAUAAGGAGGGACUAAUUGAAGAAACUGUAGUUUGUGAAAAAUGUAAACGCCCAAUGGAAAAAUUUGUUCUCCUCAAAUGUAAUGUUACUGAGUGAAAUUUACAUUAUGCCCUUGUAAGAGAUUGAAGUUCAUGAAUGCAACAAUGAUCUGCAGAUUUGAUCAUUUUGCUC